ACACGUUCUGUUUAUAUUUUAAUGACGUCACAACUGCGAUUUUUAACUGUUUGACAGCUAAGUUGUAAACAUAACCCCAAAAAAAGAUAAAUUUAUGUGUGAAAUUCGAAAAAUUUAAAACAAAAUUAUUAAACCGUAUUAAAAUGCCCAAAGUAGUGUCAAGGAGCAUAGCAUGUUCGGACACGAAAGACCAAGAGGAGUACGGCGACGAAAAGCCCCUGCACAUCUACUACUGCCUCUGUGGACAAAUGACCUUAAUUCUGGACUGCAACAUGGACAAACUGCCCCUAAGGAAAAGGGACGGCGCAAGAGUGUUGGACGGUGUGGGACACGCGCACAAAAUGAUCUGCGACCAGGACGAAACCGUGUACAUAUCCAGGGGUGAGGGAGUUGAAAGGCAGUACCGGUACAAAUGUAAGAAGUGCAACUUGAAUUUGUAUUAUAAGUCACAGCCACAAAGUCCUGUCACUUUUAUAAUCAGGGGGGCGCUGAUUACGAGCUCUAAAGAAGGACCCAUUAACGAUAUAUACAAUCAAGUGGCUGUGGAGAAACCGAAGAAGGUCAUGGUUACUAAACACACGAAGAAUAUGGGCAAGUUUAGUUCAGUCACUGUAUCUACUAUUGAUGAGGAAGAGGACGAAAUUGAAGCGCGAGAAGUUGCCGACAGUUACGCAAAUAAUGCUAGGAUUAUCGAGAAGCAGCUCGAACGUAAAGGUAUGAACAAAAGGAAACAGGAACAGCACAAGUCCCAGGAAACUAAAAAAGUACGCGGUACUUUAAUAGAUAAGUGAUAAGUAGCGAAUAGUUUUUAAGAAUAAAUCUAUUGUAAAAUAAAUCAAAAUAUACAUUUUCCUACAGCAAAA